AUGUCGGUGCCACAAACCUCCCGCACGUUCUCUUACAGGCCGUUCGGCCAUGACAAAGCAUCGACACAUAUUCGAGUAAUUCAGAUCAAACCAGAAGGCGGAGAGCCAAUCCAAUGUGUGAUGAAACACAUGGAGAGGCCCACAAGCAGGUCUGAAUCCUCUUAUAGCUGCCUGUCCUACACAUGGGACCCGAAAGAGCCUGGACGACCCAUCUACAUCGAAGGGGAAGAUAUCAACGAAGGGAUCGAUGCCUUAUGUAUCAACCAAGGCGACGUGCCCGAGAUAGAGCAACAAGUCAGACAAAUGGGCCUGACUUACGAUCAGGCCAAGAAAGUGUUUGUUUGGCUCAGUGAGUUGAUCGACAAACCGACUAUCCAUGCUUUGGAAAAGAUAGUGGGAGAUGGGAGGAAGCCUGCCGAGCUUUGGCUGGAACCGCUGUCAAACAUCCUCAAUGCUCGGUACUGGACACGGCUAUGGAUUGGCCAAGAGUUUAUCCUGGGCGGUGAUCCGACAUUAUUUUUUGGAAACUUUCAAACUGGAGCCCAUAAAAUUGCAUUGUUUAUUGGGUCUGCCGACGGUACUGAGAAACUGCAUGACCUCCCAGGAUGGCGGUACUUUUGGUGGCGAUACAUGCGUUUCGAGGAUAGACACUCUGGAAAGCGCCCCAAGGACGAAUCUUUAUCGCUUGCAUCACUGCUACGAGCAUUCGCCGAGCCAGAUUGUCAAGAUAAGCGAGACCGCGUUUACGGCCUCCUAUCGUUGGCAGAUGACACAGACCCUGCACUGGUCAAAUACAAUGACAAAGUCAAGGUGGACGAUGUAUUUCGCAACACGAUGACCCUGAUGAUGCGUCAAAGGAGACCACUGGACGAGCUGCUCCUCAUUGGGGAAGCAUUGAUCGAGAGUUUGGAGCUUUGGCCAGCAACAGACCUCUCCUCUUCUCCCCUCAACAUCAAGUUUGAUGAUACUGAGGAUGUCACAAUGCCUACUUGGGGUCACGCGACUCUGGAGACGUGGAAUAAGGAUUCAAAGACUUUGGAGGCGUGGAGGGAGGAUCCAAAGACUCUGGAGGCGUGGAAGGAGGACCUCAAGACUGUACAUGAAACGAUCCAGGCAACUUGCAUGUACGUCGGGAUUCGUGAUGGAUCAGAGCUCAAAUACUUUGUGGCGAAAAAGGCCAACAGACCCAUUGUCAAAUAUUGUCGGGCUCAUGAAUACUUGCGUGGGCGGUCACCGGCUUGCGUCGGCCCCAUCUCGCAGGAAGGUCUGCCGUUUUUCUGGCUGGAGAGUAUUCCCAGCGAAGCAGUAUACUACUUCUCUAAUCCAGAUGCCGGCGGCGGUGGUCUGAGGUCCUGGAGGGCUCGAGAUUUCCAGUUUUCUGGCGAGAUGGCAGAUGAACCAGCAGAGCAUCCGGACCGCCUCAUCCUGCCAGCGCGACGGAUAGUCGAUUCACGCAGGUCCUCUGAGGAUAUAGCCUGGUUCGGAUACAUCACAACUCGGAAGCCGUUGCUAUUUGCAACCGUUGACACGGACCUUAUUCUUCAGAGUCGGGAAGACCAGUUUGAUGCCCAACCUCCUCCGUUGGCUCAAGGACAUCGGUCAACAACGAUGUGUUUGAGAUCUGACAGGGAAGCUCAUCAAUCGCAAAUGGCCGAGUACAGUGGCUGCGAGGAGUUCGACGAGGGUGCUUAUGUUAGUGAGGAGGAAUCGUAUGGUGAGGGUAUGGAUGAAGAUUGA